CAUCACGGCGUCCAGUUACAUCCGUUUUGAAACGCCAUUUUCUAGCAAUUGGGCCUGACCGCCAUACAUCGUCUUGUGAUUCGAUGCACAGCUUACUUCGGUCAGCGACCAGUAGUCGGUGGUCAGUGUCAGUCAGUCGUCAGUCGUAGUGGUAGUGAAGUCGGCGUAGAUGGGCGAUGCGGCGAUGCGACUAAGUUUGUCAGCAACAUAUUACGGAAAAUCGCUCAUGAUCUGCGAUGGCUCUACGUGACAAUACCCCAAGAUGAAAGCAAUCCGCAUCCACCCAGCUGAUUCCAACAUUCCGUGGUCUGCAAGCAACCCAGCGCCUCCGUCUGCGUUGGUUCUUGAUGACAUCCAGACCCCACAGCCAAAGCCGGGCCAGGUCCUGGUGCGGGUUCACGCAGCCACUGUAACCCGAGACGAAUUGACCUGGCCAGAAUCCUACCGUGAGGAACACCACAUUCUCGGCUAUGACUUUUCUGGCGUUGUGGAAAGUGUAGGAGGCGAGGCAGACUUUAAGCCGGGCGACGAAGUGUUUGCAAUGGUCAACAUCCACGAAGGAUCAACAUGGGCUGAAUAUGUUGUUGCCGACACUCGCCACUUGGCCAAGAAGCCCAAGAGCCUGACCUGGGCUGAAACGGUCACUGUCCCGCUCAGUGGUCUCACAGCAUGGCAGGCGUUGUUUGUCAAGGCGGGUAUCCGGGAGCCCGACUUUGCGUCACCAUCCAAGACGAAGCAGGCAGUGCUUAUAACCGGUGCAUCAGGUGCCGUGGGUUCUUACAUGGUUCAACUGGCUUCUCUGGCCGGUUUACAUGUGGUAGCCGCGUCGAGUUCAACAGAACGAAACGGGGAGUUCUUGCGGUCGCUAGGUGCAGCAGAGACGAUUGAGUACUCCGACAUGAAGCAUCAUUCCUUCAAUCUCAUCAUCGACACGGUCGGUGGUGAGCCUUUGGCGCAGGCUUGGUCCAUCAUCACAGACAACGGCACUCUCAUCUCGGUGGACUCGAGCAGCUACGCCUUUACCAGCAGUCCCCCGGCAGGCAAGGAGAAAGUCAACGCUCAGUUCUUCAUCGUGGAGCCUUCCGGGAAACAGCUUGGCAAGCUCUCACAGGCGUUGGAGCUUGGUCUUGUGCGACCGUUUCUCGCACACACGUUUCCUCUUGCGGAGGCAAGGGCAGCUUAUGAGAAGGCUAGCGGAAGGAUGGACCGUAGGGGAAAGGUUGUGCUAGAGAUUUAAUAUGUAUGUAUAGGGUAUGAGCAGUUUGUCACCAUACCAGAGUUUUAGGCUUUCGUGUAGGAUCAGGAUUAGGAGUUAGGAAUUAGGAACUAGGAAUCGGGGCUAAGGAUUAGGAAUUAGGGAUAAGAUCAGAAUGCCACAUCUACCAGUUCCAACGCUCCUGUUCAACGCUCAAGACCGAGUAGCCUGGAUGGCAUUCAGUCUAGCCGCUAUCGCCAGAUAUGAACAAAAAAAAUGCUAUAUAUGCUCCGCUGGGGUAAUAUUCCCCCGACAUCUGACACAGGCUAAUGAGCACUCAAAGGUGUCAGAUCGAUCAAGGCGGUGCAAAAGGCGAAUGCUUUUA